CCCACUGAAGAAGAAGAUCCCUGUCUCGAAUUUAGAUUGUUUACAUUUCUACACGCACACAUUUUCAGCACAUGGUAACAUUGCGACAGUGUUAACAGAUGAGACAGCAGACAUUAGACUGCGUUUGCUCUGUGUAAUGUUGUGAAUGCAGUGACUGUUUAUGACUGUAGCUCAUAUGAGAUCAUGUCUGAUUUCGAGGAGUUCGAGAAACAGCUGAGCGAAAAUCGACAAGAGAGAGAGAGGGAGAGGUAUAAGAGGAGUCACAGUAGCUCUCCAGGUCGCAGCAAGAAACGGCUCAGCUGGAGCAAAGACAGAAGCAGUCGCACUCAAGGGAAGCGCAGUCGAGACCGUAAGAGCAGAGAGCGCAGGAGUAGCUCCAGAGAUCAUAAGAAACACAGCUACUCUCCACGCAGAACAAGGAAGAAAAAGAUGUGCAAAUAUUGGGAUGUGCCCCCUCCAGGCUUUGAGCACAUCACUCCAAUGCAGUACAAAGCCAUGCAAGCUGCUGGUCAGAUCCCCAGCAUAGCUCUGCUGGCUACAUCCACUAAUACUGGUUUGGCAGUCGCACCGACACAAGUGCCCAUCGCUGGCAGUCAGAUGACCAGGCAAGCACGACGCCUGUAUGUUGGCAACAUCCCAUUUGGUGUCACUGAGGAGUCCAUGGCUGAGUUUUUCAAUACCCAGAUGAGACUUGCAGGACUGUCUCAAGCUCCCAGCAGUCCUGUGCUCGCAGUGCAGAUCAACCAGGACAAGAACUUUGCUUUCUUAGAGUUUCGAUCAGUGGAUGAGACCACUCAGGCCAUGGCAUUUGACGGCAUUAUCUUUCAAGGGCAGUCACUGAAGAUCAGACGCCCUCAUGACUACCGCCCUCUUCCAGGCAUCUCUGAGCAACCUACUUUUCACGUUCCAGGUGUUGUGUCUACGGUAGUACCGGACUCCCCUCAUAAACUUUUUAUUGGAGGUCUACCAAAUUAUCUCAGUGAUGAUCAGGUUAAAGAGCUGCUGACAUCAUUUGGUCCUCUCAAAGCUUUUAACCUUGUCAAAGACAGUGCCACAUCACUGUCCAAAGGCUAUUCCUUCUGUGAAUAUGUGGAUAUCAGCGCCACUGACCAGGCGGUUGCUGGAUUGAAUGGCAUGCAGCUCGGUGAUAAAAAGCUCAUCGUCCAGCGGGCUAGUGUGGGUGCUAAGAAUGCCAAUCCUACUGCUGUUGUCGAGACGGCAGUCAUGCUCCAGGUGCCUGGACUGCAGAGGGUGCACAACUCUGGGCUGCCCACAGAGGUGCUGUGUCUGUUGAACAUGGUCAUGCCAGAGGAGCUACUAGACGAUGACGACUAUGAGGAGAUCCUGGAGGACAUCCGUGAGGAGUGCUGCAAGUAUGGCACUGUGCGCUCCAUCGAGAUCCCAAGACCUGUUGAUGGUGUUGAGGUGCCAGGCUGCGGCAAGAUUUUUGUGGAGUAUGUGACUGCUGCUGAGUGCCAGAAGGCCAUGCAGGCGCUGACAGGACGCAAGUUUGCCAACCGUGUUGUGGUCACGAAAUACUAUGAUCCAGACAUGUAUCACAGACAUGAGUUCUGAGGGGACAGACAGCUCGCCUGCAGAGAGAGGAAGAUGUGUUUGCACCAUCUGAGUGUGAAGUUCUAAUGAGCUCUAGUUUUACAUGUAUUAUCAUCUACUCUUACUUCUUAAUUUCUCUUAAUUGCAUACAAAAAAAGAUGUAGAAGAAUAGCCAAGUAGAAAUGUUUUAGAUAUCAUUAGGACGCUUCAGUUUGCGACUGUUGUUUAUCAGUAAAGUGAAGAAGCUUCACAAUGUGUGCUAACUUGGCAACACAACAAAGCGUCAAGCCCUACGGAAGUCUCUUCCAUUUUAAUCUUGAGUUUUGUCCAAACCAGCCAAACAGGGAAAAAUUACUUGCCACUUGAAACUUAUCUCCAAAAAUGUCAGAGAAAAGAGCAUUUGAAAAGAAAACUAAAAGCUUGCGCCUCCCUAUCAUGAAUAAAGGAAGAAAUGCUAUCUGCUGUGGAAACAUGGAAGUUCUGUUUCAUGAUUUUUGUCUUAUUUUGUCCAGAAGUUUUCUGUCUUAUUUCCUGUCAUGUCAAAUGAAGACAAUGUUAGAUAUCUCGCCCAACAUGUCCACUGCCACAAGCGGAGCCAGAGACUGUUUAGCUCGAGAUGGCGCACGUUUAUAAAAAUGAAUGGGAAAAAGUGGAACGACCAAUAUGGUGGAUGUAGAAACAGAAGGUCCCGCCUUAAAGGUAAAAGAGCCAAUCACGUUUUAGAUUCAGACAUCGCCUGUCAGUCGACUUGAGAAUGUGCAUGCGCAUUAGCUAUAAAAGCCUGAAAAAUAGCACUUUUUUAAAGCAUGAUCUUAGCUAACGAAGCACAAUUUAUAAUACCAGUGUUGUCAAAUUGAACUGCUGAUUUGAAAUAUGUUAUAUGAUCGUAAUCUUGACCGACCGUUUUAAAGAUUUCAGUCUUUCCCCAUUCAAGUAGAUAGGAGGUGUACUUUUAUGCCGCUUGUAUCCAGAGAUAAUAGCUGCCCAGGAGCAUAUCCAAGACGGCCACCGAGUGGACUGACUUGCCUUUAAAAGGGACUUUUGUGGAGCUGAGUGGGCAUUUUCAAUUAAUCUCAAAACUGUCUGGUGAUGGGUUUUGAGACACACAUUUCUUCACCUUUAGCUAAAAUGUUCUCAGAUUUGUAUGCUCUGCCUUCAAUAAAUGACAUAUGAU